AUGCAAGUCUCAAUUCUGUUGACACUGCUGGCGGCGGCUCACGCGCAGUACACGGUCCCGCUUGUCAACACCCAGCUAGGCUACUCGGCGCCCGUCUACACCACCUACGGCGGCUUGGGCGCCGGUUACGGCUACAACUACGGCUACGCCAACGCCAUGCCCAUGGCGUACGGCACGGCGGCCGUGCCCGUCUCGAUGUCGGCCGUCCCGCUGGCGUACGGCGCGGCUGGCGUGGCCAUGCCGGUGGCCAAGGCGGCCGUGCAGUCUCACGCCCAGGACGAGCUCGGUCAGUACAACUACGGCUACGCCACCGGCACGUCCGCUAAGAAGGAGGUGAAGACGGCCGACGGCGUGGUGCGCGGUUCAUACAGCUAUGUGGACGCUUACGGCCAGCCGCAGCACGUCAAGUACGUCUCAGAUGCGCUCGGAUUCCGCGUGCAGGCGACCAACCUGCCGGUGGGUCCGGCGGCCGGCGCUGUCCUGGGCUAG